AUGGUGGGUUUUGGGUUUUCAGUUUCUGCUGUGAAAUUUUUUCAGUUUGGCUCAAGAGAUGAUGGUGAAGUUGCAGAUUUGUUUGGCGAUGGUGAUGAAGAUAUGGUGGUGAUGUUGCAGAGCGAAGAGGAGAGCUACACCGGAGAAGACUGUAACAUAAAGCUGGACAAACCUUUAGUUGCAGGGCAAAACAGUAAUCCAAUCACGUCGAGGUCAAAAGAAUUUGCCUUCGGAUUCCAUCCUCUUGAAAGUGAGAAAGAAAAUCAGUUCUUGCUUGCAGUUUGGUUUUAUAAAACAAAAGACCCAACCAUAGUUUGGUCUGCAAAUGGCAAUAAACCAGCACCACAAGGUUCAAAACUGACGCAGAACAGCAACAACGAGUUUGUUCUCAAUGACCUUGGAACCAAUGAGUUAUGGAAGGCUCCAAGGAAUGGUUCCAAAUCCAGUUGUGUGGGUUUGCUGGACAAUGGGAACUUGGUGAUUUUAGAUAAGCAGAAUAAUUCUGUAUGGGAAAGCUUCAAAGAGCCUACUGAUACAAUCUUGCCUGGUCAAAUAUUGUACAUGGAUACCGCACUCAGGUCUCGUCAAUCUGAUACAAAUCAUUCGGAUGGGCGCUUCCAGCUUUCUGUACAGCUUGAUGGCAAUUUGGUGCUUUAUUCUCUGACAAAAUCUCUGUCAUCUGAACCCCUUCAGAAGGCUUAUUUUGCCACCGGCACACUGAACUGGGAAUCACAGUUGAACUUUACUGAGGACGGAUACAUGUACAUCAAAGACGCAAACGAAUCAAACAGAGUACACAACCUUACCAAGGAAUAUCCAGGCUCAAAAGAAGAUUUCUGCUACUUGGCUAGGAUUGAUCAUGACGGAGGUUUCAGACUAUACAGACACUUCAAAGAGGACACCACAAAUGAUGAGUCUGUGACCUGUUCUUCUUCUUCAUCAUGGACUGUAGUGAAAAGCAUUCCUGAUGAUAUUUGUAGUGUACUUUCUGGUGACACUAUUGGAGGUGGGUUCUGUGGGCCCAACAGCAUUUGUAGUACCUUUGACGGUUCAAGAGGGACGGCAUUUUGCUCAUGUCCUCCUGGAUUUUCCUCCGUGGACCAAUCCUACAAUUGGUCAGGGUGUGUACCAAACUUUGCACUGCCUAGCUGCGACAACAAUGGAUGGGAAGUAAAUAAAGAGCAUGUAGAAUUUGUAAAGCUUGAAAACAUGGAUUGGCCAUCCUCGGAUUACGACUUUCUUCAGGGACCUGGUGUUUCCGAGGAAAGCUGUAUUCAACAUUGCCUAGAUGAUUGCUUGUGUGUUGCAGCAGUUUAUGAUCAAGGCAAGACAUGUAUGAAGAAGCAGUAUCCUUUGUCCAAUGGAAGAAAAAGCCCAAAUAUUACUAGCAUAGCUCUCAUCAAGGUACCUAAAUAUACAGGUAUAGAAAAGAAAGGCCAGUCUCUGAUAGUUGUCUUGGCAGUACUCCUUGGCAGCUCUGCAUUUCUCAAUAUCAUUUUCUUCCUAGCUAGUUCUGUGGCCAUUAUCUACUUGUACCAUAAAAAGCUAAAUUUGCCACGGAAUAUUGAUAGCACAUUUGCAACAAAUGUGAGAAGUUAUACAUAUAAAGAGCUUGAAGAAGCAACUAGGGGCUUCAAGCAAAUAUUGGGUAAAGGUGCUUUCGGAACUGUUUAUAAAGGGGUCCUUGCGUCAGAUUCUAAAAGAUUUGUUGCAGUCAAGAAAUUAGAUAAAAUGGUAGAAGAAGGUGAGAAGGAAUUCAAAACAGAAGUGAGUGUGAUUGGUCAGACUCAUCACAAGAAUUUAGUUCAGUUGCGUGGUUAUUGUGACGAGGGGCAACACCGACUUCUGGUAUAUGAAUAUAUGAGUAAUGGCUCUCUAGCCACCUUUCUCUUUGGGAUAUCAAGGCCUCAUUGGGACCAAAGAGUGCAGAUUGCUUUUGGAAUAUCAAGAGGCCUCAUGUACUUACAUGAAGAGUGCAGCACUCAAAUCAUACACUGUGACAUAAAGCCUCAAAACAUACUCUUAGAUGAAUGCUUUACUCCAAGGAUUGCUGAUUUUGGAUUAGCAAAGCUUUUGUUGGCAGAGCAAUCUCGAGCAGCUCGCACAGGAAUAAGAGGAACAAUUGGGUACUUUGCACCUGAAUGGUUUAGGAAAGGAUCCAUUUCAGUUAAGGUUGAUGUUUAUAGUUUUGGUGUGAUGUUACUUGAGAUCAUUUGUUGCAAGUCCAGUGUUACAUUUGCAUUGGGAGACGAGGAAGCAUUGAUAGAUUGGGCUUAUGAAUGCUACAAAGAUAAAAGAUUAGAAAAGUUGAUAGAAAAUGAUGAGGAGGCAAAGAAUGACAUGAAGAGGCUAGAAAGACUUGUGAUUGUGGCGAUUUGGUGUAUUCAUGAAAAUCCUUCACAGAGACCCUCCAUGAUAAAGGUCACACAAAUGCUUGAGGGAGUUAUUGAAGUUUCUGUACCCCCACGCCCUUCAUUGUUUACUUCCUUGUCUUCAAAAAAAUAG